AUGGAUGAAGGGUUGAGAGAGGCAGCUCAAUCAGGAAGUAUUUAUGCCUUGUAUGCAUUAAUUCAGGAUAAUGCUGAUGUUUUGAGGUGUAUCGAUCAGAUGGAGUUUGUUGAUACUCCAUUACACAUAGCUGCAGUUGCAGGUCACACUGAUUUUGCAAUGGAGAUGAUGAACUUGAAGCCAUCAUUCGCUAGGAAGUUGAAUCAAGGGGGUUUUAGCCCCAUUCACCUUGCCUUGCAAAAUGAGCAAACGGAGAUGGUGGUUGAUCUCCUAUCGAUUGAUAAAGAUCUUGUUCGUGUCAAAGGGAAGGAGGGUUACACUGCUCUUCAUUAUGUAGCCAGGGAAGGAAAUGUUCCUCUUCUGUCUCUAUUUCUGGACCGUUGCCCCUAUUGUAUCUUAGAUUUGACUAUUCGAAACGAGACUGCUCUGCAUAUUGCAGCAAAAAACAAUAGAUUAGAAGCCUUCAAAGCCAUACUGCAAUGGAUUCAGAGGACCCCCGAAGACAUUCAGUUUCAGAGAAGAAGGAUCCUGAACUUACAGGACAAGGAUGGAAACACUAUACUGCACAUAGCUGCAUCAAACAACCAACCCCAGAUGAUCAAACUGUUGAUAAAAAGGAAGGAAGUUAAUAGGAACAAGAUUAAUCAGAAUGGUUUAACAGCUUUGGAUGUCUUACAAGGACAAACUCUAGUUGACAACAGGGAGAGUCAGAAGAUUCUGAACUGUGCUCCUUCUUGGCUUUGGAAGGUCUCAAACUUUGAAACAAAAUUGACAGAUACUAUUAGGGAGAUGACACCUGAUACGAUCAAUGCACUGCUAGUGGUAUUUGCACUGGUUCUAACAAUGACAUACCAAGCUAUUCUCAGCCCUCCGGGUGGUGUUUCGCAGGGUGAUGCAGGUGGUUCGGAUAAAGACAACGAGGGGAAAUCAGUCGUCAACCCACGUACUUUUUUUUGGUUCUAUAUUCCAAAUGGGGUAGCUUUUUUCAUGGCUUGGAUCAUAACAAUGGCCCUUUUAAGAGUUGUUGCCAAAAGUAUCAUGUGCUUUCUGUCCCCACUGUAUAUGUUGGUGUGUUUUUGCUAUGGGGCUGCAGUGGCCAUCAUAGCACCAUCAACUACUAGUGCUUUUGUUACUCUUGGUGCGGGUUCCAUCAUUGUUCUCUUAAUGGAUCGAAGCAAAACCUUGUUCCGAGCAGUCGUACAGAGAGGCGAAUCAGGGGCUGUCAAGGGCCCUCAAUUAGACCACCAAUGGCUGGUUCAAAUCUGGCCAAAUGGGUACUGUUCCGACAAUCCUUAUGGCCAUACAGUGCUUUCACGCCUUUGA